CAGCUUCCGGUUCUGCCUGUUCCGGCGCACGUAAUCGCCGGGUGCACGUGCAUCCACUUAGUUAAGAGUUGCAGGGAGCAGUAGCGAUGGACACUCUGGAUCGAGUUGUAAAGCCCAAAACGAAAAGAGCCAAGAGAUUCCUUGAGAAGAGAGAACCGAAACUCAAUGAAAAUAUUAAAAAUGCCAUGCUGAUUAAAGGGGGAAAUGCAAAUGCAACAGUGACACAAGUACUUAAAGAUGUGUAUGCACUGAAAAAACCGUAUGGUGUACUGUAUAAGAAGAAAAAUAUUACAAGACCGUUUGAGGAUCAGACAUCACUGGAAUUCUUUUCAAAGAAGUCAGAUUGUUCUUUAUUCAUGUUUGGCUCCCAUAAUAAGAAGCGGCCAAAUAAUCUAGUAAUAGGUCGUAUGUAUGACCACCAUGUGCUGGAUAUGAUUGAAUUAGGUAUUGAGAAUUUCGUCUCUCUAAAAGACAUUAAGAACAGUAAAUGUCCUGAGGGAACAAAACCCAUGCUAAUAUUUGCUGGUGAUGAUUUUGAUGUAACAGAAGAUUAUAGAAGACUAAAAAGUCUUCUUAUUGAUUUCUUCAGAGGCCCCACAGUAUCAAAUAUCCGCCUGGCUGGAUUAGAGUAUGUUCUGCACUUCACUGCACUGAAUGGGAAGAUUUACUUUCGAAGCUAUAAGUAAGAGCAUUUCUUCGCAUAUUUUCUUAAUCCUCAGGGUUAGCGUUUAAAACUGUGUGACUGUUUUAUAGAGCCCAAACUUAGAAUUGGUAUCUGGCCAGAAGGUGUUUUGGAGAGUUGGUGGGAUAGCAGUGGCACCAGCUCUCUGCUGAUCCUCAGUCCUUUACCUCUGAAACCCUACUUUUCCAGUGCCCCAGAGCAUCUGAUACCGCAGUAUCACUGAGCCAGGUGCACCAACUCUUCCUAGCUUUAUGCAGCAUCUCUUUAUUGUUCUUGGUUGGAUUCACAGCACUAAGCCACAAAUCCUUGGCCAGCCGAAGCAAAUCUCAAAACCCUAAGUCUAAACAAUUGAGUCUAAAAGGAAUAAGAAGAUUCAGUGGCUAGAUUCAUUUCACCCUGUCUCUCUAGCCUAGGCCUUCUACCCCUACCACAGUAUAAAUAUAUUAUAACUUAAGCAG